AUGACACUGACACCUAUAUCCACAGUUGCUGUGUUUGAAUCCUUGUUGUCCUUCAUAGCUGGUUCGAAAUCAAAGUCAAGCAGUUGGUCAUUAGUUUCCAAGCUAGUGCAGCCCAAAAGAGUAUCCUGUGAGGGUGAGGAAACUGCAGAUACGAAUGAACUUGAGAAGGUGGAUGCUGCAUUGAAUGCCCUUAUUACUCACAAGUCUAAGAAAUCUGAUUACGCAAUGCAAGUUGAGAAUGUGCAAAUUUGGCUCCGGGAUUUGGAGAGUGGUAUCAGAGCAUCACAAACACUCAUCUCACCUACUAUAUUCCAACAGGAGGCAAACAUUCAAGAUAUAGAAGAAGAACUUGAGUACCUGUUCAGGCGCUUGAUCAAAGCCAGAGUCUCUCUUCUCAACAUUUUCAACCAUUAGGCAUGAAAAUCAUCCAAUUUUGUAGACAUUGAACA